CUUCUUGGACGGUCCGUUAGCGCCUCCUUGCCUAUAGCGGUUCUUCGUAUGUCCCGGCGGUAAAAUGGCUGCGCUGGUAGUUAGAACCUCGGGUCGACUCCUGCGAAAGACAGCCGAAUAUCCCGCGGCCGGCGGGCUGGUUGCGGACCGAGUUGGCUGUUGGAACUGCUUUCAAGGAGCAAAACGUUACUUGUUAACAGAAGAUGUUCUGCAGUUACGUAAAUUUCAAGAAAAGAAGUUGGAAAAUGAAUAUAAAAUAUAUGGACAAAAAGAUGCAUUUUUCAAAACUGUUGAAAAAAAGUUAGCAAACAAUGCCCUCAUCCUCAAACCCGAAUUAAUAAAUGUAUUAUAUCUAUGUCAAUCAAAAAAUGAAAUAGAAUUAGUCAAAAGAACCAUAUACAGGUAUCACGAAGAGAACAGCAACAGAGCCUUUGGGGAGUUCAGAUUUGGACCUAUAUUUAUGAGGUUAUGUUAUGAACUAGACCUUGAAGCAGUUGCACUGGAACUCAUCAAAGACCAGACUCUAAAUGGUUUCUUUGGAGAUUACACAUCAUUCAAUAUAUUAAUGGACAUGUUAUUUGAAAAGGGCCAUUAUGAAGAUGCUCUGAACGUGCUAUUAAAAAUGGACAGGGAAAAUAUAAGAUUCAAUCAAGACACCUACUUGCUUGCAUUUGCAAUAUGCUACAAACUGAACAGUCCAGAAGCUUGGACAGUUGUGAAUACGUUACUUGAAGAUAAACAUCUCCAUGGACAUGAGCUUUCAAGAAGGACACAAUAUUUUAUAGUAGCACUUGGUCUGAAACAGAAUGACUUUUUGAAGGCCCAAUACUAUUUUUCACAGUUGCAGCCCACUGAAAGUAUAGUAUAUGAUAAUCUAAAGAUUCUUCUUUUGGCUGCCUUUGGAAAUCUAAAGAAUCUUGUGGAAACACUGGAAAAAGCUUCAAAAAUUGAUACAUACUUUGUGAGAAAACCUAAUUUUUGUAAGGAUGUGAUAAUCUCUGCCAGAGAAAAACUAGAACUCAAUCCAGACUUCAUUAUUCAGUUUGAAGAAAUUGUCAACAAGUUAAAAGUCUCAGGACAGAUAAAUGAACUGACUCUGGAUGACCUGCUGUGUGAGGUCCCUCACCCCAAAGGGUACAAAAUGCAGCUGUUGAAAGAAACAAAACGGAGUCAACGAACUUUACAGCCUCUUCAGUCGUUUCUGCUAACGGAUUGAACGCACUUUCUCCACCAGGAAUUCUUUCCUAAAAUACGCCUGCCUCUCUUACAAGAUUUUCAUUUAAUAUGGGAUUUUUUGGAGGAAUGUUGAUAUUCAUAAAUUAUACGAAUGGUUUUGCUGGUAUAUUGCCAAGUAAAUAAUGUAAAGACCUGACAUAACUUCAUAGUAGGCAUUCUGCAAAAACAGUUAAAACAAACUGCAGGGAAAAUUAGAGUUUGACAAGCUCAUCAAGGCUUUUCUUGAUUCCAUAUUGUCAUGUUCAUUGGUUUCUAUUGGAGAGAAAGUGGUACGGAGAA